GUCAAUAUAACCAGAUUCAAGGCAAGGUAACUCAUGGACGACAUAUUCAGCACCCGGAUUGUGCCAAGGAUGAAAAUCCAUAUGCACAAGGCUUGGUGCAUUAACAACGAUUCUCGGCAAGACAUUACCGAACAUGAACAACCCCCUCAGCUUCACAUUCUUCAGCGACGAAGAUUCUAUGUAAACGGUUGUUGCAUCAUCCAAUGUUCUAAAGCGUUCAAUGCCUAGUGUCUCCAGAACAGGAGAACCAGAAAUGAGACUGCGCAACGUAGAACUAGACCCUGAGAUUUCACGAAGUUCUAAUACCUUGAGACAUGGGAGCCAAAUGUGUGCAGCAUCAUCAACACCAAG